CUUAUUUAAUGAGUUAAUUAAUUAAUUUUUUUUUAGGUAGAAGAUGUAGAUCUCAAAAUAGACGUCGAAACGCACGAAGAAAUCGCUUCAAAAAGCAACUUAAAAGUCCUCGUUGAAAAAACGGAUUUAGCCAAACUCUUUUUACAAAACGAUCGAGUUGAUGAACCGGAAGAAUUGGAACAAAAGGAGCCCCCCGAACAAGACGUAAAAGAGGAGUUAUCCCCCCCAAUUCUUGAAAAGAUGGUUACCACCCCCGUUGGAGACGAUCAAAAGCGACGAAUUGUUAAACGCAAAAAUAAAUGGGCUUCUGGAAUUAUCCAAAAACGGGCUCGAAAACGUUUAUAUAAACCGGGUGAAAUCAAAGACGCCGAAGAAGAAGACGAAGAUGAGGAAGAAGAAGGCGAUGAUGAAAUCACCGAAGUCACGGAGCACGACAAAAAAUACUUUUUCUUAAACGCCUCGAAAAUCGGAUGCAAAUUAUGUCCAUUUAAAGGGAAAUUAAUAGUUCAACAUUAUCGAACGGCUCACCCAGAAAGUGAAGUUUUAAUAUCUCGCGUCGAUCAAGGUGUAGCUGAGACACUCAUCGACGAUUCGAUUCAAAAUCGGGAAAAAUACGACUCUUAUAAACCAAGCAAUAAGAAAAUUAAGUUCACAUUUAAGUGCCCAUUUUGUUUCGUUAUCGUAAAAGACACAUCAAAUUGGUUCUACAACCACUUAACAAGCCACACAGGAGAGUAUCGUUACGGAUGUUAUCAUUGCCCUUACAGAACAUUUAACGCCCCAAAUGUGCGCACGCACAUUUGCCAAUUACACCCAAAAGUACACCGAAGUAACUUUAAAAUUUUCUACCCCGAACCGGAUUUUGGAAAAUUCGUUUAUGGCCAUUUAUGUUCCGAAUGCAAUUUCGUCCAAAUGAUUCGAGGAACAGUUGAGGAACACGCCAUGGUUUAUCAUCCAGGAACUCCAGAGAUACACCGCGUUAAUAUGUCGUGUUUAACAGAAGAUCAAAAACAAUUCGACGAAGAAAAUGUGAUUAAAAAGGAGGCUAAAUCUAAAAAAAAUAUUAAAAUCGUCAAGAUAUAUCCAUCAUCAAGCGCUAAUUUGGACGAUUGCAUAAACGCCGUUGCGGCCGGAGCUGGGGAAAUAAAAAAUAAUCGAAUAAUCGAAUCUGAAAUUCCAAUCCAAGCUGAAGUUAAGGAAUUAUCGAUUUCUGAGUUGUUAUCUAAAAUGGAUGAGGAUGAAAUCGACGUUGAGGAUAAAGAGGAAAUUAAAAAGCCGAUUGAAUUGGCCGCUUUUAUGUGCGAUGCUGAUUUGGAUAUUGAAGCUGGGGUUGGGGAUGAAAAGAGGGAGACGAUGAAGUGGAUUAACGAGAAUACGAGGAAAACGAGGACUUCAAUUGCGGAUAAGUUGCAAAUUAAAUUGGUUGGGGAGGAAGGGAAUAAAAUUAAUGAAGAAAUCGCCGAUAAUGAGGAUGAAAUGUUGAUGGACUUUGAGUGUACUAAUCGGGAAUGCUUUGAUGAUGAGUUAACUAAUAAAGACCAAAACAAAGAAAUGGACCCCUUGGAUAUCACCACGGAAAAUUUAACGAUCGAAGAAAAUUCAAUUCAAUUAGAAUCGUUACCGAAUCCACCAAAAGAAGAAGAAAAAACUUUACCAGAAAAAUCGAUUAAAAAAGUAAUCGAUUUACCGUUUAAAACAAUCGAAGUUAUGCCACAAAAAAAAGAAAACAUCUCUGUAUCAAACAUAAUAAACAGACUCCAAGAAAAAUUAAUAAACGUAUCAACCGCGGAAGACAAUCAAACAGAAUUAAAAGAAGAAAAAACAUUCUCAAUAAGCGGAGCUUUCAAAAACACCUUAUUAGUGGGCCCAAUUUGCGUGAUAAAAAAAAAUGGGGUUUUCACCUACGUCUGUAAAGUCCCCCAUUGCAAAUACUCAACGUUAAACGACAACUUAUUCUCACGUCAUUGCCAAAUAAAACACAAAACCUACGUUUACGUUUUUAACACGGGUAAAUGCGACGUUUGCUCCAUCAAAUUCGAAUACGACGGUGAAUUCGUUUCCGUUUACGACGUCUUCAACCACGUCAUCACGGCACAUAAAGAUUUCUUUGAAACCGACCCAUUUAAACCUAACACCUUUAAAUUACCGCACGAUGUUCCAAACGUUUUAUCGCAAGGUUCCGAUUGUUCGAAAUUCCCUUUUGUUAUCACCAACGUGACGUCGUUGGCGACUAAAAAUUCGAAUCGAGUUUUAUCGCCGCCCCCUUUAAUACCGCUGGUGAAAGAAGUUGAAGAGAAAUCGCCGGAACGUAAUAACGAUAAUAACAGCGAAAUUAAAAUGCCGAUUAUUUCGUUGGUGCAAUCAUUGGCGACGCCAAAAACUAAUCUCAAAGUAAAACCGCCCUUUCAAACGGUGAUUUCGCCGGGGAAGAUUAUUUUAAGGGAUAUCCCUUUAACGGAAGAUGAAAAAAAUAACAGGAAAUCGCCGAAAGUUUUAAAAAGAAUGUUGAAUAUAGAAUAUUUAAAUUCGUUUUAUAAGUGCCCUCAAUACGAUUGUGGUUUCUCAACGAUCACUUUGAUCGAUUUCCAACGGCAUUUCACACAAAAACAUCCCACUUUAACCAACAUUUUGGUGCCGUGUUUAUAUUGUGAUUAUAAAGUGUUGGGGAGUUUUUAUUUUAUACAUUUGGAGGUGCGUCAUGGACAGAGUCGAUAUGCUUGCGGUGAUUGCUUUUAUCGCGCGACUUGCGCUUAUUUCGUCGCUUUACACCGAGAGAUGGAACACCCUAAUUCAGAACAAAACGUUUAUCAUUUGCGACCACUCAAAAUUACCAAUAAAGCUGCCUCUGGGGAGAUGGGUUGCCCAAAAAUCGAAGAUGUUAUUUUGAAUUAUACUUGCAAUGAUGAUGAUUCGCUUAAUUGUUCGUAUAAAACGCUCUUUUUUGAUGAAUAUGUCAAGCAUUUAAAGGAAUCUCAUGAAUCGGCGGAAGAAGAAAAAUCGAUUUCGGAGCGUUGGUUAACAAAGGAAAUCGGGCCUUUCCAAUGUCGUUAUUGCAGAAAGGCAACGACAACUUACAAGGAAAUGGGGCGCCAUCAAGCUGCGAAUCAUUCCCAAAAAUCGUGUUGCUUCUACUAUAGGAUGUUUGUUCCCAAUGAAAAUGUGGUUCGUCCUGAUCAAGUCCUCGCAUCAAAUCAACCCAUCACCAACAACUUAAUCCAAUUACCCGAACAAGCGCAUCUUUGCACCUCUAAACCGAACGUAGCCGAUUCAACGGAAAUAACAGUAAAAAACUUGGAAACCGACCCGGAAUCAAUCCCCGAAUUAGACUCGCCGAAUCAUCUUAAUCAAAUUGAAGCGAAAAAAGAAAAACCUCUUCCAUUGGAAGAACAAGAAAUCUUCUCGAUUGACGAUGACUUAAACAUUCUCGAGGAUUCUGAUCCACUUUGUCUCGAAGAAGAGGGUGACGAUAAAAUGCCUUCGGCGGAGUUAACAGGACUCGCACUUUAUAAGUGUAAUUGUGGAAAUUCUUACGAAUCGAUGGCGCUUUUAAAGCCGCACAUUUUUAAUUGCGCUACAAAGCCGUAUUUGUGCGCUCAUUGCGGGAAGGAACGAAGAUCGCUUCUUGGGUUGUUACAGCAUUAUCGAGAACAUGGAAGGAAAAGGUUUAAAUGUUCUUUGUGCGCGUUUAAACAUUGGCAACAAGAAUCGGUGAGGGUUCAUAUGAGGAGUAUUCAUAAUGUUAAUUGUGCGAUUGUUUUACCGGCGAUGUUCUCUGGACGAAAAGCCGAUCCCGAUUCGGACGAUUUCGUCCUGCGCCCCCGACAGACCGCAAGAAACAUAAACGACAUUAGUUUAAAAGUAUCGACCGUAACCACGGAAUCAAACUCGAAUAAUUUAAUUUUAAAAUUAACUUUUGGUCCGGACGAUAUCUCGAAGCUCCCUCGACAGCCGAUUUACCCCCAGCCCGUUAAAUGCGCAAUUUGCGAUUACGAAACGAAGGUUAAAACGAAUAUGGAGCGGCAUUUACAAAUGCACGUCACUCAAAACGAAGUCCCAGAGAGCGCGCCGGUUAAUCCGGUUCCUUGUUUGGAUAAAAAUGAGAAGAUGUUCGAUAAGAUGGUGAAUUUGGCGAGUAGCUCCCACGUCGGGGGGCGAAUGGGGGGCACUCCCGUGAUUAAGGUGAAUAUUCCUGGAUUUAUCCCCGUCCCGAAUCGCUUUGUUUGUGGCGCCGAGAAUUGCCAUUAUCAAUGUUUGGAUGAGGGGAUGUUGAGGAGGCAUAUUUUGGCGUUUCAUGGAAACGAGAUGAGUUAUAAAUGCGUGCAUUGCAACUUAUUUUUGAUUGAGGAUAAAACGAUUAACGUCGAUGUUGUUUUGAAGCAUAUGAAGUUGCAUGAUUCUCACCUUUAUAAAUGUAGCGUUUGCGAUUUUACGCAUAAUUUAAAGCAUAAAAUCGAGAGGCAUCUUUCUGAUAAGCACCAGGAUAAGCCGCAAAAUUUAAUCGUUGUGAGAGAGAUUAAGGAAUUAAGUUUGGAGGAGAAUUUAACCGAGAAGGAUCGCCCCUUUCGAUGUGGAAUUUGCAAAUUUCGUUGUGGCGAUUUAUCCGAGAUUAAAAAUCAUGUUGAGAGUAAACACAACAUCGAUUUGAAGUACAAAUGCGCUUUAUGCCCCGUUGGGAGUGAUGAUGUUGAAAGCUUUACGAGCCAUUUUACUGUUAAUCAUGAGGGGCAAGCUGUUGAUUUUAUCGUUUCUUAUUAUAAAGAGGGAGAGGCGAAAUCUGCGAUACAAAACGAGGAUGCUUUUAAUACGACGCCGUUGUGGCAAAGAAAUAAAAGCGUUAAGCAUAUUCGAGGGAUUUUGCUGGAAGAAACGACUCCAUUAAGCAGGAAAAAAUUGAUUAAGAGGAAGUCGAAUGAUGAUUUAGAGGAGGUUGUUAAAAAGAAGAGAAAAGUUAAUAAAGAUGAUGAGGUUAUUCAAAUUAUUGAGGAUGAAAAUUGCGAAAAAAAAGGUGUUGUUGAGGAUGUGGGGAGUUUAAAAGAUAAAUUGAAGGAUAAUUUAAAAGAAAUUAUUUGUAAAGUUGAUGUAAAUGUGAAAAGGAGUACUCGAUCGGCGAAAAUUAAGGCUUUAUCUUCGAGUGUUGAGGACGAAAAGGUUGAAACGAUCGAUUUGGACGUUGAGGAGGGUGCAAAAAUCAAUUUAGAUUCGAAUUUAAAAACUUAUUCGAGAAAAAUUUCAACUCAAAUCGAUAACGAUUCAUCUCAAAUUGACGAUAAUACAAGUAAAAACGAGAAUUUAUCUCAAAAUGUGUCAAAAAAUGAAUUACAAGAAAAUUUACCUCAAAACGAAUCGGAAAAUGACCAAAACGACAGCGAAUCUGAAUAUCAAUUACAAAUCGACGAAAAUCCGUUGGAAAUAAUCGAUUUAGAUUCGCCAAAACAAAUAAGUAAGGUUAAAUGUAACCCGAAACGUCAAACGAAACAACUCCAACCUCAAAAAAAGCACCAACCCCAAAAAAAAAAUCAACCCCAAAAAAAAUACCAACCUCAAAAAAAACAAAACCUCGAAACGUCAAAUUCACCGAAAACGUCAAACGUCAUCAUUCCGAUAAUUGAUUUAGAAGAUGAAAAAGUUUUAUUGGAUUCGAACGAUUUAUCGAUUGAAGAUGUCGAAAAGUUAUCGAAAAAUGAUUUAAUUAAAGGGAAUUUAAUUGGAACUUACGGUCCUUAUGGAACGCCGUGGGAAGGAAAAUUUAAGUGCCCCCUUUGUGAUAAAUGCGGCUCGGACACCGAGUUGGAGUUUAAAUCUCAUUUGUACGAAGAGCUGCAAUGCGCCCCUUUUAAGUGUACGAUGUGCGAUUUUUGCGAUGCAACCCGCGAAGUCGUUUCGAAUCAUUACAGGGUGGAGCAUAAAGGUGCUGAUGGUUUUGAGAUGGACGAUGAAGGGGUGGUGUUGCAAAAAAUCGACGAGCAAAUUGAGAAUUGGGUUAAGAUUACCGUUGGGGUGCAAGCAAGAAUUUUGAAGUUGGAAGGGUUAAAAGUUGGGGUUGAGGAGAAAUAUUUGUGUUUGUUCUGCAAUUAUAGAUCGGAUAAAACGUUUUUGCGUUGGAAACACAUCUCGCGACAUUUCAUCGAGAAAACCUACACCUGCAAGCAUUGCAAUUUCGGAACCAUAACUUUGCACAGUUUUAAACAACACACCCGUUACGCGGAAAGUUGCAAGAAUUUGGAAGAAUCCAUGUCGGCAAUCGACCCCUCCCAAGGACUCUUAAUAACGCAUUAUUUGAAGCACGCCAAAAAACGCGCCGAAAUCUCCUACAAAGAAGAAGAAAAGAUGAAAAUUAAAUGCUAUUAUUGCGAAUUUAUAGGAACCAUUGAUGAGCAAUCGGAUCAUUCGAAACAAAAACAUCCGGCGGAAAUUCCACGAGUUUACCGAUAUCGUUGUAAUAUUUGUUACGAACCUUUUGUUAGCAUGGUCACGGUGAGUCAACAUUUUUUCCUGAAACAUUCAGGGAUGGAUGUUGAUAUAAGCAUGUUAAGUGAUGAUGCGAAAAAUGUUAACACUUGCGAUGAGUGCAAAGAAAAUUUUUCUUCCGAAGCGGAAAUGAUCUCGCACCAAUCUAAACACGAUAAGUUAAUUUUUAACUGCAUUUAUUGUUCGCAACGGUUUACGACGUGGAGGAAAAUCGUGAGCCAUAUCGAGUUAAGACACGGCAAGAAAAGUGUUGUUUUCCGAUUUAUGGAGCCGAGUAUCAUGGAGAAUUUGGAUGCGUUUUUGAGGAGUGAUGAUAAGAAGAAGCGGGUGAGGCGAAAAACGAUUGAUGUGAAAAAGGAUUGCGAUUUAGUAGAUAAAAAUGACGAGGUGAGUAAAUCGAAUAAUAGUUCCGUGUUGUUUAUUGAUGAUAUGUAAUCGAUUCUUUAUUAGAGGAAAAGUAUUAAGUAUUAAAAAGGAUUGUAAAUAGAUGUAAUGUAUAUAAUUAAAUAGGAAUUACUUGGUUAUUUUGCCAAAAAAGUUUGGUACAUUCCCAUUAACACAAAAUGAAUUUGAGUAACUUGAUGUUUGUUGAGUUUUAGCAUGUUUAGACUGAAAACUAAUCUAGUUUCAUAAAUCUUGUAAAUAAAUGCGUUUAGUGUGUAAGAUUAACGUUGAUUACUUUAAAUAAAUUGUAAGAAUACUUUUUGUACUACAAACACCAUGAAAUAAGCAAGUUGUGCUUUUUUUUCUUUUAAUUUCAUUACAAUAAAUCAAUUUAUUAUAAA